UUUAGUCAUCAUCAACAACAAUAAUAGUUUUACGGCCACACAUGUAUUAAAAAGUGGGCUCUAACCUUCACAGCACCACCCGGUAAUUAAGAGUAACCGCCUGCACAAAAGUGCAUUAAUGAAACAUUUAAAGGCUGCGCUGCUCUACAACACUGCCAGAAAUAAAGGUGCUGUGCGGGUUCAAACAACGUAAAUGCAACAGGUUUAAGGUUUUAAGGUCCAACUAAAUACCUAACAUGAGUUUUGUUCCUCAGGGAAAGUGCAUACUCGUACCUUUUCCUAAACCAGUGUUGUAAAACAGAACCACUGAAUUAAAAGCCCGAAGACAGACAGGCUGUGUGGAGUCAAUACGACGUAUAAAACUAAUAUAAUUAUUCUGUUCUUUGACUAAAGAUUUUUAAGACAUAGCCUUGAGGGAACCUUCCCAGUGACAGUUUAGUACCCUUUUUCUGAGAGUGCACGGUCUGCUGGCAGUUUCUGAAAGUAUAUAAAUUACAUCUGUAAACAAAUACAUAAUGUAGAACUCUUAAAUACACGAUGCAUGUGUAAUAUAUGCCAUAUAAUAGUCUAAAUGUAACGAGUUGGCAGUUAUUGCUUGUUUCUGAAAGGCCAGCUUACGCGGAACCUGUAAACAAAUAUAAUGUAAACAAAGUGUAAUGAAAAUAUGAGUUUUUGUUGGUAGUUUGUUAAGAACAAUAAUACGUCUUAAGAAAUUAGUGAACUGGUUUCUGUGGGUAGAUUCUCCGUAAUAAAGUACCUUGUGUUACAUUUGUAAACAAGUGUGUAAUAGCUGUAUAAAGGGGUUAUUAGUUGCUGUUUGCAGUGUCUUUAAAGUAAUAUAGUAUAUUACACAAGGCGAUGGUUUCCGUCGUUAGUUCUUAUGAACAUAAUAUAAAUAGGGGAUGAUGAUGAUGAUGAUGAUGUAGACACACUAGUGUUGUGUUAUUGCUCCAGCUGUACUGUGCCCAUUCGAGAGGAAAAAUGCUCAGUUUUUCGACAUGAAACAACUGCAUCUGUACACGUUUUCGAGAAGAAAGAAGGCGGGGUUAUCACAUUUCCCACCCGUAUUCCGGCCGACUUGGUCUGAGUGUGAACUACUGGCCAAUCCUAAUGCCGGAGGGCGGGAUUCGAUUAGCCAAUCAUCACACUAGAAGCGAUUCGACUGACCAAUCACAGCAGGCAGGAGUCUUCGGAACACGGUUGUGGAAACACGGUGAGCACGUGUGUUUGGAUGAACGUGCAGCGCGAGCUGUAGCCUACAUGCUCCCGUCCACAUCCUCAAUGGCGCGGGGCGGCGGGGGGACGCGCCUUAACGACAACUUCCAGCAGUGCUUUAUGAUAAAAACGUAAAUACCACCGCGAUGUGAACGACUAAUUACAGUAGUCCACCAUCUGUGGAGCGUAAAUAAGUAAACAAACGCACAUUGGACGCGUACAUAUUUACUGAUUAUAUUGGACGUGCGUCGUGUAUCUGUGUCGUGUUACUCUACAGGUCUCGUUCAUGAGCUUUAUUAAGUUUAAGUGGUGCUUUUUUCACGCCAAACACGUGUUGGUCUCUCGCGCUAGAGUAAAACACAAUGAAAGGGAUUGGUGCUGGUGGUCUGGUCCCCCCCCCCCCACUACACGAUCUGCACGUUGCACACUUCCAAGCAGGUUAAGGGGGCGUGUUUCAGCUCCUUCCGUGAGUACAACGUCUGCAGGGACACGUAAACAGACACAACUCUGAUUAGUUACUCACUUUAACCCACUUUAGCUGUUUGAAUGGCUCGAGCUGUCUGAGACUGAAGCGUUUUGGUGAAGCUGCCAGAACCAGCAGGCUGCAGGACUCUAGUUUUGUGGAGAAAGCUCGGAGCAGACAUGCCGUUUCUUCAGCAUCUCGCGGACAUGAAGUUGGAGCAGCUGGCUUUGGAGCACAUUGUGCCCGCUCUCCGGGAUCAUGGUUUUUUUUACGUGGACAGUUUUUUGGGCGACGAGGUUGGACGUAUGGUGCUGGGGCAAGUGAAGCAAAUGCAGUGUUCUGGCCUGUUGAACGACGGGCAGCUCGCUGGUCGAGGCUUGGGAGUUUCCAAGCGACACAUAAGGGGCGAUAAGAUAGCCUGGGUGAGCGGAACAGAGAGGGGCGCGGAGGCCAUCAACUUCUUACUCAAACUGAUCGACAAGCUGGUUUCUCUGUGCAUCGGACGGCUGGGCAAAAACGUGAUCCGUGAGAGAUCGAAGGCUAUGGUGGCAUGCUAUCCAGGCAAUGGAGCAGGUUACGUGAAACAUGUAGAUAACCCUAAUGCAGAUGGGCGCUGUGUCACCUGCAUCUACUACCUGAACAAAAACUGGAAUGCCAAGGAGCAUGGGGGAAUUCUGCGGAUAUUUCCUGAAGGAAAAUCUUAUGUAGCUGACAUUGAACCUUUGUUUGAUCGACUGCUGCUCUUCUGGUCAGACCGUAGGAAUCCUCAUGAAGUACAACCGUCAUUUGCUACCAGGUAUGCAAUCACAGUGUGGUACUUUGAUUCAGAGGAAAGAGCUGAAGCAAAAAGAAGAUUCAAAGACUUAACAGCCUCUUCACAAGGCAGCACUGUGUCUUAGCAGAAGAAGUUAAGACACAACUGUGUUCACUGAGAGGAUUUUUUAUGUGUGUGUGUGUGUGUGUGUGAGAGUUUUUGUUUAUUUUUUUAGGGGUUCUGGCCCUUUUUGUUAGUGCACUUAAGGUACCUCCUCUCCCCUCCUCGCCGCCACAGCUGCGUUGCCGUCUUUGAAAACUAGAGCUGUGUAUACUCUGUGUUUGUUUUGCUGCUAUGCAUCCCAUAGGAGGAUACCUAAUUCUAUAAACAAAAAAAUUUACCACAGUGAAUUCAGAUUAAGUCCUACUUUGAUAAUCAUAAUGAUUUCCAAUAAAUGUGUGUGGAUGAAAUGAAAGAAUCUCUGACAAUUUGGUGUCAUAACACUGGUUAUUUUUCGUUUAGGAAAUGUUUGUCUGUGUUUAAAAUAGUGGCUUUCAUUUAUUCUGUUUUGUCACUUAGCUAUGAUCAUAUUUGUGCUUCAAAGUGGUGAUGUUUUAAGAAAAUGGUUAAAUAGUGUUCGGGUAGACAGGCUAUAGCAUUAUGUUAUAUAGCAAAGUCAUGCAUUUUGCUGACGCCCUUGACAUGUGGUGAGUGUGGGUGAUUAUAAUUGUUUUGUUCUUGUAUUUAUGCAAGUGUCAUAUGGACAGGCAGUGAACACUACAAAGGCAGAAGAUAUUAUAGCCACCUUGCAGGUUAUGGGGAUCAGCUUGUAUGUCUUGCUUUCGGAAGAUAGCUAGUCAGAUUUUUCACCUAUUUCCAUCAGUUUUACCCGUAAUGACAAUUAUUUGAAUUAAAAUCCUUUAAAAAUUCUAUAUAAAAUACACUCUAUAAUUUUGCAACAACAAAUGGUGGCUAUGCUGCUAGCACGUCUUCUAGUGGAUCAAACAAGAUUCUACCUUGUUUAAUGAGUUGCUUGAACAGGACCAGUAAUAAAUCUUCAACUUCAAAGGUCCAGUCACUUUGUUUACUCUAUCAUUGUUUGUGUUCAGUGGAAUCAAUAUGCUCACAUGUCAACAUCUGAUCGAUAAGAAAGUUGUGUUUAACUUCUCAGGCAUGUGACCGUAAUGUCUCUGAGAAUGAAUGUAUAAUGAUUUACACAAAAUGGCUUAAAAUCACAGGGCACAGCUUUAUGUUCAUCUGGAUUAGUUAUUACAUAUUUACACUGGUUACAUCUUUAUUAUCCUAUUAUCUGUUUUAAAUACCGUGUACUGUAGGUUAGCUUAGGCUAUUAAGAUACAUUUCUCACUAGCUAAUGUGUAAUAGCUCAGCUUGCAAAUAGAUCAUGCAACUAAUCCAGAUUAGCUAUUUCUCUCAAGGUUUAUUAUUGAUAAAUACAUACAUCUUUAUUGUGAGUGACUGUAUGACCCCCCACCCCUCCGACACACCAUUUUCAUUUUUGUUUAAAAGAACAGAUUGCUUAUACGUCCAUGUGUUUUAAAUGGUCGGACGGCUUGCAUGCUGGUCAGCAAUGCUGGUUAUGGACAUUGAAUUAAUAAUAUUGUUCUUGUGACUUUGUUCAUGGCUCCACGUAUAAGAGUAAGACAUUCUGUUUUUUUGUUUACUUGUUUCUUUUUUUUUUUUUUUUUUUUUUUUUAAAUUGCUUUUGUCCUCUUGUAAAUAUGAUGUGUGACAUUUGAAAUGUAUAUUUGAAAAGGAAUUCUAGAAGGUGUGACCAGAUGGGUAUACAGAAUUGUACAAGCAUAGGGAACAUUGUUGAAAUGGUAACAUGACCAGAUUAAACAAUGUCGCUAUAUAGACAGACUCUGUGAGUAAGAUUUCUAAUGCCCUCUUGUAAAUGGCAAAUAAAAAAACUUAAAUCUUGA